GACAUUCUCGUUAUAGACAUUGUGAGGUGAACAACUUAAGAUUUAAAUAAUUCAUAAAUCUUGAAUAUUUUGGGAUAAUUUCCAAAAUGAAUAUACGAUUUAUUUGCGUGCUGUUUAUUCUACGUGGAUUCCAAAACAAUCGUGGGAUCUCAGUUGCUCGAGAAAAUUCCUCUUCACCCCAUUGCUUGGAGUCCGGGGCACCUAUUCUCGAAUACAUAACCGUGUUAAAAAAAGAAAUCAAUGCAGCCGAGCAGAAACAUUCAGAGGUUGAAAAUGAAAAUGCUGAACUUAAAAAAAAAAUAUUAGAAAUAAGCUAUUUAAAAGCUGAAAACAAGGCAAAGAUUGAUAACAUUGAAAGGUUGCGUUCAGCAAAUGAAAACUUGAGAAAACUUCUCAGUAAAUUUGCCCAGCAACAAAGUAAUAUUGGACGAAUCGAGGGGUUUAUAAUAGAUUUAAUGCAGAGGCAAAAGAGAGAGAUUGAAGAAGCGAAACUUAACGAAGCCAAGGUUCGGGAAGACUUAAAAGAUGAAAUAAAAAAAUUACGAUAUCCUAUGGAGACAAAACCCUCUGAAAUUGAGAUGAGUUUGAAGAAAGACCUUAAAUCAAAAAUAAGAGAAUUAGAAACCUAUAAGGCUAAAGGAAACACUUGUAGCAAUCAAAUGAAAGAAUUAAAUUCCCAGGUAGUUUCUUAUAAAAAGGAUUUAACAACAACCCAUACUAAAUUAACUGCGAAAACUUGUUUACUCGAAAGCAAUUCUAAACAACUGAACCGAACUAAGCAAAGACUAGACUUGUGUAAGGAAAGAAUACCGAAGACCGGUUGUAAGGGCCUCGCAUCUGGAAUUUAUAUGAUCGCAGUUAAUAAACUUGAUCCUUUUUCUGCCUUCUGCAACGGGGAUAUAGAAGGUGGUGGAUGGAUAGUAAUUCAGAAACAAUUUGAUGGUAGCGUAGACUUUAACAGAACUUGGACGGAGUAUCGUGAAGGUUUCGGGAACGUUGGGGGAGAAUUCUUUAUUGGGCUCGAAAAACUGCAUAGCAUAACCAAUUCCGGAUCCUUUGAACUGUAUAUGCAAUUAGGUUUCUUUAACAGAAGCUUCAACUUUGCUGCCUAUGAUAAUUUUAGCAUUGGUAGUGAAGACGAGAAAUAUGAAUUAAAAUCGCUGGGUCGAUUUAGAGGAACAGCUCCAAAUAAUAUGAACUAUCACUUAAAUCAGAAGUUCUCGACCUUUGAUCAGGACAAUGAUCCAUGGGUUGAGGGAAAUUGUGCGAUCACGGUCGGUGGCGGUUGGUGGUAUCAAACAUGUAGUCUCGUCCACUUCAACGGGAAAUACCAUAAUACUGAAGUGUAUAAAAAAGAGAGUAUAAACUGGGGCGCUGCUUUCAAAUCUCUCAAAUCUGCCCAGAUGCUGAUUCGACCAAAAUCUAAAGUGUGCUAGUAUUUUAACUUCUAAAAAAAAACUGUAAAGCAAUAUUUAAAAUUUGUAUACUAUGUG